UGAACGCCAUCCAAGAAUCUUGCAUGAAUAUUUAAUUGGAAAGUGGAUGCUGCUUUAAUUGUGUUUGUGGGUGACGGGACGCAUGACAAUCCAAAUACAGUCAUCAGAGCAGAGCCACAGCAGGAGACUCACUGACUCACUGAUCCUCAUUCAUUCACACACGCUCGACCUGUGGUGAGCCUUCGAGGAGGAGGAGGAAGGCUUUUAGGUUUUCGCAAGGCUGGAGUCCAAUCCACAUUAGUAGAUUAAACAACAGAGAGAAACUUAAAGAUUUAUAUCUCUAUCAAGAUGCCCCCGGAUCUGAAUCACACAGGGGGCUGUGCAAAGACAGAGGAGGAGGAAGCCGCGAGCUCUGAGGAAGACUCGGGCUCGUUCCGUGGCGCUGGGCUCUGCAAAUGGUUUAACGUGCGGAUGGGUUUCGGCUUCCUGUCCAUGACCCAUCGUGAGGACAUCUGUCUGGACCCACCCGUGGAUGUGUUCGUCCAUCAGAGCAAGCUCCAUAUGGAGGGCUUCCGCAGUCUGAAGGAAGGGGAAGCCGUGGAGUUCACCUUCAAAAGAUCGUCUAAGGGUCUGGAGUCCUUAUGGGUGACGGGGCCAGACGGGGCACAAUGCAUAGGCAGCGAGAAAAGACCCAAGGGUGCCCAGAAACGCCAUUCAAAAGGAGAUCGAUGCUUCAACUGUGGAGGGCCAAAUCAUCAUGCCAAAGAAUGCCAGCUACCACCUCAGCCCAAAAAGUGCCAUUUUUGCCAAAGCAUCGCCCACAUGGUGGCCAACUGUCCAAUCAAAGCACAGCAGUUGUCACCAGGAUCUCAGGGAAAAUCCACAACCUCAACUGGAGAAGAUGACGACAUGAGCCACACCCCCUUACCUCCCGAGACCUCUGAUUAGUGAUCAGGGAAACACGAGCACCAAUCAAAACAUGCCAAGCUGCUUUUGGAACUAACUCAGGUUUUUCUUUUUCAAACAGCAGAAAUGAAUGUCAGUCAGAUUAAAUUAAUAUAGAAAGUUAUACUGAGAAAUACGAUUAUAUCCAUCUUUAUAUGAUAACAUAUCCGUACCUCAUCUUUAUACCACAGAACUGAUUUGGGAUGAAUUCCAGAUCUUUUAGAUGGAUGAUGAUGAUAUGCAUGAAUUCAGAGGGCAAAUCUCACAAAAACAUCUUCAAGUUAGACACUUAUUCUGAAUUUUAGGACCAUUACUAUCUUUUAUAAAUAAUGUUUCCUUGUCCUUUUCUAAAGUUAAUCCAUAUUUAUAUGCUGCGAUUGUAUUUUUAAGUAAUGCAAGUUGGUUGUGAAAUUGCAAAAAAAAACACUAAUCUUUAAUUAUAUUUUGCUUGACUGAUAAUCCCAUUUUUUUAGGGUAAAAUGUCUUUUACAGAACUAAUGUACUUGCCAGGUUUUGUGAGAUCUGCCCUGAAAGUGUUUGAGACAAAGAUUUUCAUUUUCUGCCUUAGCUAUAGCGAAGUGUCUUAGAUUUGUCCUGAAACAAUCAAAAUGCAUCAUGUUGACAAAUUGCAAUAAGCCUGGAUAGUAUGCAUAUCUGUCUUUGUGCUGAACUUCAAAUGAUCACUUCACUGUAAACCCGAAUAAAUUCCCACAACUCAAAAAAUUUGAGCCAAUCGAUUGCCUCAAAUUUAAGUUGAUUAACUUAAGUCACAAUUUUCCAGAACUUAAAAGGUUGGAUUACCUGCUACAAAGACAGAUAGUAUCUGUCUCUGUGCUUAAGUACAAAUGAUCUCUUGCUUUCUAAUGACAAAAUUGGCAUUGUCAUUGUCAUGAAUUUCCUCUUUUCCCCGCUCUGUUGUUGUCUGACCCUCUUUGUGAUCUAAUCCACAGGCCAAAUGAAUGUUAAAAGCUGCUUUCGCGCAGAUCAUACAUCCGUCCGUCUGUAGUACAACUGUUAUAUGUGAAUGACACAGUGACUUUCUUAGAUUGUUUAGUUUAAUGCUGUGUAAUUGUAAUGUAAGGCUUGCUCUCAUUUAAAAAAAAAAAAAAAUCUGAAAUUCAACACUGUAAUUAAAAUAUUGUUGGUUUAACUUAAAGGGAUACUCCACUUUUUUUGGAAAUAGGCUCAUUUUACAACUCCCCCAGAGUUAAACAGUUGAGUUUUACCGUUUUCUAAUGUAUUCAGCUGAUUUUCUGUCUGGUUCCUGAUAUUCUUCUAAAGUACAUUAGACAACGGUAAAACUGUUUA